GAGACGCCUGCGCGCGUGGGGCGCCGUGUGUGUGCGUGUGCGUAGCCGCGCGCGGAGUGGCGGGGAGUCGGGAAGUUUGCGCGGUGACGUCAUGACGCCUCGCGCAGGACGUAACCCCGGCGUCACGCAGACCCCGGCGAGCCCGCUUAUUUUGAUAUGGAAGUGGAUCUGACAGCUUAAUGGAAAUCAAACAAACACAGGAUGUCAAGAGUGGCCUUUCUUGAUUUCAAUGAAGGACUGUUACAGGGAGCCAUGGAUAUUAGUUGUGAGUUAUAACAUCUUAAUUCAAAGUGUCUAGUAUAAAUUUACUUAAUGGACAGACCAGCAAUAUGGAUGAUUUAGAGAUAAAUACUGAAGUCACUGGUGCUAAAGAAGAAGAAAUCAUAUGUGAUGAUAAUUUCAUAUCUGAGGAAGAUGGUGGCAUUCCUAAACCACAAGAGAGCGAGCCCUCAUUUCAGAAGAACAGUACAUUGACUCUGCCUGAAGAACUAUCACAGGACAGAUCUGAAAAAGCCUUAAGUGGAGGCCAGACUUCUCUAUUUAUGCACUCUGGUGCUCCUACUGUUUCUAGUGAAAACUUUAUCUUGUCCAGAGGAACAGCUGUUAAUGGACCAGUUUCACACUCCACCUCAACUAAGACUUCCAUUAUGAAUAAAGGCAGUGUUUCAUUAACCACUGGACAGCCUGUAGGUCAUCAUACAGAUUCCUGCUCAACCUUGACAGUGGUUCAUGAUCUUCAGCUGCCUGCAAAGAGUACAACACAGAAAUCAAAUCAGCACCAAGUUUUAUUUUUGUUACCUGAUGUAGCACAUGCUAAGAACCUGACUCAUUCCAUUAAAAAUCUACCUACCUCUGCUUCAAUUGGUUGUGAAUCACAGAAAUCAGUUGGAAAUAGUGUAGAUAGCACUUUAGUAGGCCAAGUAGAAGUUUGUGAGGAUGAUAAAAAUAUACUAGUAAAAGAUGAUUGUGUUGAUACAUUAACAGACAUUUCCUCAGGUACAGGUGGUUUCACAUCGGGUUGUGAUCCCAGCUGGGAUCCACAAAAAGAGUUCAUACAGUUUCUUAUGACAAAUGAAGAAACACUAGAGAAGUCUCCCAUUCACUGUAAAGUAGGCUUAGAGAAAAAGCGAAAAAGGAAAAUGGAUGUUAGUAAAAUAACACGCUAUACUGAAGACUGUUUUGGUGAUACCAGUUGUAUUCCUAGUAAAUCAAAACUAUUAAAUGUUGACUUUUUAGAGCAGAAUGAGGAGCUACAAAUAGUAGAACCGCAAAAAUAUUCAUUGAGCAAAGUAAAGCCUGAAUCCACAGAUGAAGAGUUGGAAGCUGUUGAUGCUAUACAGCAGCUCAUUUAUAGUCCUGCUAGUAACUGUGCAGAAGAUAGUUCUCCUGUUCACACUAGCACUUUUCUGUCCAGUACUUUAAAAAAUAAAUGUGAACAGAAUGAUUCUGAAUCACCAUCUACUUUCAGUACUGAUGAACCAUCAUUUUAUCCCUGUACAAAGUGCAAUGUGAAUUUUAGAGAGAAGAAACAUCUGCAUAGGCAUAUGAUGUACCAUUUAGAUGGGAACAGUCAUUUCCGACAUCUCAAUGUCCCCAGGCCCUAUGCAUGUAGGGAAUGUGGAAGGACAUUUCGAGAUCGUAAUUCACUUCUUAAACAUAUGAUAAUUCACCAGGAAAGAAGGCAGAAACUGAUGGAAGAAAUCCGUGAGCUGAAAGAACUUCAGGAUGAGGGUAGGAGUGCACGGUUACAGUGCCCGCAGUGUGUAUUUGGUACCAAUUGUCCCAAAACCUUUGUGCAGCAUGCAAAGACCCAUGAAAAAGAUAAAAGAUACUAUUGCUGUGAGGAAUGCAAUUUCAUGGCUGUGACAGAAAAUGAACUGGAAUGCCAUCGAGGAAUCGCUCAUGGAGCAGUAGUCAAAUGUUCGAUUAUUGGUAGUGACAUGUCCCAGAGGAAAACACAGAAAAAGGCAUCCUUGAAAGAUCCUUAUUUAGGAUCCUCAAAAAGGUCAUCAACAUAUAUGUGUAAGAUUUGUCCAUUUACUACUUCAACUAGAAGCAUUUUAAGAAAACACAUGGAAUAUUUGCACCCAGCAUCAUGUGUUGGUCCCUUUGGUAGCCAUCUUAGACUAGAAAGAAGAAAAGGCAGCAUAAUAGACGAAUCUUUAGAUUUUCGUAACAGAACAAAACAGUUGAUCAAACAAUCUUCUACUUUUCCAAAGAACUCUGUUUUGAAACAGGAUGUAAAAAGAUCAUUUGGCUCUACUUCACAGUCCAGUAACUUCUCAAAACUUAACAAGAGACCCUACAGGAUACAGAAGGCUCGGAAAAGCGUUUCACAGUCAUCUAAACUUAACUCUGCUGAAAAAAAAGACAGCUAUGAAACGGAGGAUGAAAGUUCGUGGGAUAAUGUUGAACUAUGUGAUUACACUACACAGUCUGUGGAGGAUGAACCUUACAGUGAUAUUAACCAAGAGCAUGUAAACCUCUUCCCCAUAUUCAAAGGUAAAAUGGAAGAUCAUGAAGCUGGUGAUAAAUCUGCACUUAGUUAUGAGCAGAACGAUGGUUUUUAUUUUGAGUACUAUGAAGAUGCUGAAGGUAGUAACUUCCUGCAUGAUUUGCAUGAUCCUCAGAACUUAGAAAAUGUAGGAUCAUCAUUACCAAAGCAUAAUUCAGUUUUCCAUUGGACUGAUUUGUCGCUUGAAAAGAAGUCCUGCCCAUACUGUCCAGCAACCUUUGAAACAGGUGUUGGAUUGUCCAAUCAUGUCAGAGGACACCUUCACAGAGCGGGAUUAAGCUAUGAAGCCCGUCAUGUUGUUUCACCAGAACAGAUAGCAACAAGUGACAAAAUGCAGCAUUUUAAAAGAACUGGAACAGGAACUCCUGUUAAACGUGUUAGAAAAGCAAUUGAGAAAUCUGAAACUUCCUCUGAGCAUACGUGUCAGCUCUGUGGAGGCUGGUUCGAUACUAAAAUUGGAUUGUCUAAUCAUGUGCGAGGACACCUGAAAAGGCUUGGCAAAACCAAAUGGGACGCACACAAGUCUCCAAUUAGUGUUCUGAAUGAGAUGAUGCAAAAUGAGGAGAAGUAUGAAAAAAUCCUAAAGGCUUUGAACAGUCGUCGCAUUAUUCCUAGACCGUUUGUUGCUCAGAAAUUUGCAUCAAAUGAUGACUUUUUAUCUCAGAAUGUUAUACCUCUUGAAGCAUACCAUAAUGGCCUAAAGACUGAAGAUAUGUCUGUGUCUGCAUCGGAGGAAGAAGGGCUGAGUUUCCUAAAUGAAUGUGAUGAAGCAAAAGCAGUGCUACGUGAUGGGAGAAAAAAUCAGUCACUUACACUGAUAGAACUCCUGAAAAACAAGAGGUUAGGAGAAGAAAGGAAUUCUGAUAUUUCUCCUCAAAAGAUUCAUAAUCAAACUGCAAGAAAGAGGUUUGUUCAGAAAUGUGUUCUUCCAUUAAAUGAAGACAGUCCAUUGAUGUAUCACCCACAAAAAAUGGACUUGACUAUGCAGUCAGCUCUAGACUGUAAGCAAAAGAAGUCAAGGUCAAGAUCUGGAAGCAAGAAAAAAAUGCUGCCGUUACCUCAUAGUGCUGAUGAAGUUUACAUACUCAGAUGCAGGUUCUGUGGUCUGGUCUUUCGAGGACCUCUGUCUGUCCAGGAAGAUUGGAUCAAGCACUUGCAGCGACACAUUGUCAACGCAAAUCUUCCACGGACUGGAGCUGGCAUGGUUGAAGUCACAUCACUACUUAAAAAGCCUGCUUCAAUUACUGAAGCUUCAUUUUCUUUACUGAUGGCAGAAGCAGCAUCAUAGAACAAGGAAACAUUUUAAAUUUUAAUUGGAUGUAAAUUUGAAAUACUUUUGUCAUUUUUUAAAAUAAAUUGCUACACUAAAUUAUGUUUAUAAAUGCUAAAGACAGAAAAAUAAAGGAAGUGGAUUACAGCAACAUCAAAAUAAGUUGAAUACUUAACAGUUACAGUAAGUAGUCUUUAUAUUUUAUAUAGGGUGAAAGAUGUGUUUUUAAGGUUUAUUAUGUUUUUGUCAGUUACUGUGUUCACUAUCAAUACAAGACCAUUACAUGUAUGGCAGCCAUUUUUAAAUUGUUGCACAUGGGUACUUAAAAGACAGAUUUUAAUAAAACAAACCCUGUUCUAUUCAGUGUUACCCAAACCAAGGCUCUGUUUAUUCCAAAAAGAAUUACAUAGAAAAAUAAGAUAUUACUAUAUUUUGUUUGUAUGUAUGUAGUGUUUUGUAUAAUACCAAGAACUGCUAAUACAAUUUACUCAACCUAGGGCAUUAAAUAUCAUGUACUUCAUAGUUCAAGAGACUGUUUCAUUCAAAUAGGGCAGUUAGUACUAUUCUAUCUAGGUGUGUAAGUGUUUUUUUUUAAAUCACAUGAGGCUUUUUGUACUAAAAAGUGGAGGGAAACUUGUUUAAACAAAUUUCUAAGAGAAAUAUGUACAUAAUACUGGAAAUUUGUGGUAAGGAAAUAUUCUUUACUUCAGUUGCAUUUCUCACUGACAAUAAAGUGGUGCAUCCAUGCUACCUCCUACUUGUCAACAAAGAUGGUAUUUACCCUUAUGUUUUUGUACCAUAGUAGAUUCAAUCCAGCUUUCUUUAAUACAAAGCAUCUUUUUGUUAACAAGGUUUUUUCUUUAUGAUGAUUUACUUAAAGUCUGACUUGCUUACAGAAGUUUGCCUCCCUACUAUUUUAUUUAACACUGUAGAAAUGUACUAAUAAGCAUUGCUCACUACACGGUUAGAGUAGACUUUUCAUUUAUAAUUCUGUUUAAAAGAUUGAUCAUUUUAGAAAAUUUGAACACAGACUGAAAUGUUUCUACAUAUGAAGAGAAUGUUUACAACUUCAAUUUUAGAGCUUGUUUUGGAUGUUAUUAUAUGUAUGAAAACUGUAACACUAUGCUCAUGCUAAGGACCUACUUACAGAAUUACUGAAAUAAAUGUGCUGUGAGGAUGGAAAUAUGGUGCAGGUGUCUUGGUCAUGAUGAAUUGUGUUUGUUCAUUUAAGCUGUCUUCAGAACAUGAUUUUUGUUUAAAUCAAAUCAGAUUCCUCUACAAAUCAAUUUUGUAUGCAAGUAACAUUUCAUUUUACUCAUAUAGGGUAACAGAUACUGUAGUUAAGCCAAGGAUAAUGCAUUGAUAUUUUCUUUAUAUGUAAAUAAAGUUAAAAGCAGUUAAAACAAGAGGAGUAUUUUGGUAGAGUAUAUACAUACCUCACUGCCAGUGAAAUUGCUUUCCUAUGGUAUAUCUCCUUACCAGAAAAAUCUCUAAAUAAAAAGGUUUAAAGAAAAUCUAAAUGUCUAUAAUGUGAAGCAUUUAUUUGCAUUGUGUGAGUUAAGUUUGUGAAAUUGAUUUGUCUUGCUUGAGAUUAGAAUCUUCUCAUGAUCUUAGGUAAAAGUACAUUGACUUGCAAUAAACUGACUUGUUCAGAGCCGCAUUACAUUUGACUGGUGGAAAAUAUGAAUAAAUGCCUGUCUUCCUGUACAUGUGCAGUUCAGAGUUAACACACAAGGCUUUUUAAUGUUCUGAUAAAAUCGAUUGGCUAGAAAUGUACAGCUGUGCAGGACAGUCCUGAGACAAGGCCAGCCUAGCUCUGUCAAGGCUGUCACUAAAUUAGUGCUUUUGGGUGUUUACCUAGACAAGUUGCUACAGCUAACUUUAGCUUCAUUGUCAGAAGUUACUCCUUUUUUUGUUUGCUUAUUUUUUUAAACUUACCAGUGCAUUUAAAGUCUGGAGAAAAUACACCUUGGAGAUUUUAGGAAGGAUAACUGGGAUGUUGAAGUGUAUUGCAGACAAAUCAUGUAUAUGUAGACUAACAUUCUAAACUUGUGGAUGGUUAUGGGAUUUUUUUAAUAUGCUGUGCUGAAACAGAACAGAGGAAAGUGAUGAGAUCACCUUGAGUGCUUAUAAUGCUUUAAUAGUGUGCUUGUUUACCCUUCUCACCAAAAAGGUGCUUAUUGACAGCACUGUAUUUUGUGGCUGUUAAACAGAUUUUAAAAAGAAAUCAAUUAAGUGCAAAUGAUAUUUAUCUAGUAUUGUUAAGAAUGCUUGUAAAGGUGAAGCCAUACUGCACGGAAUUUAGUGGUAGCAAAAAAGCUAUUAGGUCAUAAAAAUAAUUAAAAUAGUUAAUGCUAUUUAGUUCUAAUUAAACCCCUAUAAUGAGCUGCUUUGUGUAACAAUAAAAUCCAUGGUUGUGUCUGGAAAGCAGAGAGCUCUAGGCCUGAUGAGUUUCAAAAAUGAGGUUGUUUUGAUGAGUAGUUUUCAGUGUCAGGCUGGCAGAGUGGGUGUGCUGGAGCUGUGUACCCUGCUUGCAUUAUGAGAUCCUUAGCAUUAUAAUUUGAAAUACAGACAGAAUUUUAGAACUGCUCUGAUUACCAAAUUAAUUGCAUAUAAGGUGGAAACCGAUGAAAUUUUUUUAAAUUUUUUUUUAACAAAAAACAGUGAGUACUACAAAGCUUUCUCUAGCUUCUGGUCCUCACGUGGGACUAUUUGGUUUUUUCUUUAUUUGGACACAAUGUUUUGUUUCUGUUUGGAUCUUUUGUCAUAUAAAGGGGACAUGUAAGGGGACAUGUAAACCCCUUUCCGAAGUUACGGAGAUUCUAAACUGGUAGAAGAGAGUUAAUUAAAUCUGUCAGUUUAUUAUAUGAAUCUCAUUUUGAAUAUCUGUGGCUUGGGAGGCUCUAUGACAGUCUUUUGUUAGAGUUGGACUUCCAGAAUUGCACAUGUGAAGUGAGUGUUGGCCUGUUCAUGGUGGCUGGGCAGCUUUGGGUUAAAGGCUGCAGUGGUGUGGUGAUUUUUGUUUGGUUGGUUCUGGUUCCUUAUCACAGUCUUUUGUGUUUCAAGAGUUAUCCAAGUUUCUGGUAAAGGUCUCUUAAGUAGCAGCCUCUGGAAAAUUAUGAAGGAAUUUUCAGAAUGUGUAGAGAAGCUUGGGAAAUUGUAGAAGACCACAGCUCACAUUUUCUAAGAUGAUUGCCUGUAUUCCCUGGUCCCAGUGAUGUCUCCCACUAAUCUUCAGUUAAAACUCUGUCUGUAUUCCUUGAAAAGAAGCUUAUGCAGGACCUUGGGACAGUGAUUUGGUGCUGCCAAGUGGUAGUGUGUUCAGGCUGGAUGCAGGGAGAAUGGGAGAUGGAGGCAAAUGGGUGACAGCUGUUGGAUCACUAAGAUCCCUGGGCAUUUACUCGUUUGCCAUAUGUUGUUUUAUAUGAAUUGUGUAAAUUGUGUUAGGUGGACUGCUCCCACAAGAUGAGGCAGUCCAGCUCUUCCUGCAGAUCCAACUUGUGCUUCCUCAUGGCUCACCUUACAGCCAGCAGUACCAGGAAGGAGCUGCUGACUCUUCUUGAUAGGAGAAAAAGCACAGAUCAGACAAUAGCUGACACCAGGCUUUGGGGAAGUGGAGCAGCCCCUUGUGUGCCAGGGAUGGGGAUUGUAAACAGGUGGAGUUUGUAUUCUGGGCAGACUUCUCCAUGUUUUAGCUACGUUUGUGUUCAAAGUCCUACCUUUUCAGCCAUGCUCAGGGAAAUCACCAAGGUCUUUGAGGUAAGUGGAUCACAGGAGGAAUGAGAGUCAUGAAUUGGGGCUCAGAAGUGUGUCCAUCCAGAGUUUCAAAAAGUUUCAAAAGUGUCAUGGGGCUGAGAUGGGGAGAUCUGUUCCUGCAAAGCUAUUUUAACUCCAGUGAUUUUUCUGGGCCAGUUGUGGUUGUGGAUUUCCUUUGUGUAACUAGUGCUUUAAACAUUGAUUAAAUUUUCUACUUGAUUCUGAAAACCUACAGCAGAUAAAUGUUGUCCGACCAAAUGCGGAAGAGUUACCAGUGAAUAGCAAGUACUUGUUUUUAACUAAACGGUAAAGGCUGUGAAGGAAGCUUGUUUAGUUCAGCACUAUGGUUAACAGACUUCUACACUUUUUAUCACAAUAGUUAAUAGGCUGGUUACUUAAACACAAGUUUCAUAUUUUUAAAAAAUUGUUUAUGUAGUUUUCACUUGGUUUUUUAAAAUAAAACCUUUUUAGGAUGGUACUUAUUUUAAAAAGCUGACUGCAUUAUGAUUUCAGGCCUCUGAAUCCACCAUGCUUUGUAGGUGCUGUUGCCUGGUACAUGGGUAGCAAUUUUGAUGUAAUGGAAACAUUUGGCCACAGUGCCAGGUCUGUAAUAUCUUGCAAUAAAAUGUUCCUUUU